ACCCUUUCUCAACUCAACUCAACUCACCAAAACAGCAAACCUAAUUCCAUCUCGCUAGUCAUUACCCCGUAACAAUGGACUCAGUUGAUAAUGGAGUGAUGAGCGAGAGCGAGAUCGUGCAUGCCCAUGCUCACGUGUGGACCCAUGCUUUCUACUCCGUCUACUCCAUGUCCCUCAAAUGCGCCAUCGAACUCGGCAUCCCCGACGCCCUCCACCGCCACGGCCAUCCCAUGACCCUUCCUGAGCUUGCCGCCGCACUGUCGGUCCCUGCCUCCAAGACCGCCUUCCUGCGCCGCCUCAUGGCAGCCCUUGCCCAAACCGGCUUCGUCUCUCUACGGGAGUCUGCUGCUAAAAAUGACCAGGAGCAGCUAGGGUUGGCGUACUCACUCACUCCCAUUUCCCAUGCGAUCCUGCGAGGCGAGCCUGGUGGCUUAUCGCCCAUGGUGUCGUUCAUGCUCGACCCCAUCAUACAAGGCCCGUUGCACUGCCUGAGCGAGUGGCUGAAGAGCGAGAGCCCGAGCCCGCGCACGCCCUUCUUGAUGCAGCAUGGGAAGAGCCUGUGGGAGUACGCGGCUCAGGACGAGCGGCUGAAUCGGUCCUUGAACGAAGCGAUGGCGAGCGACGGGCCGGUGAUCGCGAGGCUGAUGGUGGAGAAGCAUGGACGGCAGCUGUUCCAAGGGUUGAGGACGGUGGUCGACGUUGGAGGAGGGAUCGGGGGGUUGGCGAGGGAGGCGGCACAGGCGUUUCCGCAAGUGGAGUGGAGGGUGCUCGAUCUGCCACACGUGGUGGCCGGCUUGGAGGGGACGAGGAACUUGAAUUUUGUGAGUGGGGACAUGUUUAAGGCUGUUCCUCCUGCGGACGCUGUUUUGCUCAAGUGGAUAUUACACGAUUGGAGCGACGACGAGAGCGUGAAGAUACUGAAGCGGUGCAAAGAAGCGGUCACGAGCAACGGUAAGAAGGGAAAGGUGAUGGUAAUCGAAGUGGUGAUGGGUGAUGAAUCCGAGGAAGACGAAGCAUCCACGGGGAUUAAGCUCUGCUUCGACAUGCUGAUGAUGUCCAUUGUCCCAGGCCAAGAGAGGAACGAGGAAGAAUGGGCUAAGCUCUUUCAGAAGGCUGGUUUCACUGAGUACAGAAUCACUCCUUUGGUGGGUUUUAGAUCUCUUAUUGAGGUUUAUCCUUGAUGAUCGAGAUUAAAGUAGAGCAAUUGGUGCCCUGGACGUCAAGGUUGGUCUUAUUGAUGUGGUUGAAGUUUCCUCUUUUUUUUUUUCUUUCUUUUUUUUUCCUUGUUUCAGCGUGAACGUGUCUUUAAUUGGUGUUCGGUCUACCAUAGAAGAGGCUCUGACCUCGAAUGUCUAAUUAUUAUUUGGUGCCCGAGUGUGUGUAAGUGAGUAUAUGUCUAAGUAAAUUCUAAUCGUAUAAUAUACUAUUACAUAAA